AUGUUCUCCUUGUUGAACGACUGGGCGGAGUCCGCCGCCGACGCUGUCAAGAGCGUCUCUAGCAAAGGCAUCGACAUAGUCCGACAAACAGGCGUGCUGGAUGCCUUGGAGAGCGUGUCGGUGGACCACAACUCGGCCACCGCGGCUGCAGCACCGCAAGAAAAGACGCUGAGCGUACCGAACAUCAUGACGCCGCCUCCCACGUGGGCAGGCAGCGAGGAGGAGUGGGUGUGGUGCGUGGAGGCUGCUUUGCGUGACCCCAAUACGUGCGCCCUUACCCCAGCCACCUUGCGCGUCGAUGCCUCGCUGUGGGAGGAGCUGAAGACGACCGUCGCGCACCUCCUCGAAGCCCCGCCACCGCCUGGAAAAGCCGACUCGCCAGCGCCCACGCCAACGGGUAAUAGCACCGAAGCGUCAGCGGCUCUGGCUGCGACACUGCUCGAGCGGACCGGUGACGCGUACACCCCUGCCGCAGACCUGGUGAUGUAUAUUCAGGAACAUUACGAGGUGUAUCAGGUGCGUUCCUACACUGUGCCGCGCUUCACCUCGGACGAAGACUACUGGUUGAACAUUGGAUGGCGCAUCGACUUAUACCGGCAGUGCGUCAACGCGGGGCAGCUCUUGACAUUGAUGCAGACCCUGUCACGCCUGCCGCAGCCGCUGCGUGAUAUUGCCGCGGCGGCGAGCAAAGCAGCAACGGCCAAGGCUGAAGCGGUUGGAAGCGCGCCACAUGAAGGCGGAGGCGAUGCCUGCCAAAAUGACGAU